ACAUAGCAUUAUCAUUCCAGGAUAUGUCGUCCGAGUCUGUGAUCUAGGAAUUGUGUUAUUACUUAUCCAUACUGGCGACAGCACCGUGGAAAGAUGAUCUCCUCUGCUGUCGCAAUCCCGGACGAACCUCAGUCCCAAACCGAAUCUCCAGAGCAAACCACGUCUCGCAAGCGUCGUCAGUCAUCUGUAUCCUCCGAAUCAAGUAAACGACCUCGGCUGGAUGCGCCAGCCUCGAACGGUGCCGCAGACUCACCGUCUUCUGCUUCGCGCACCCAUUCUCCGCCCACAACUCGUAAUGGCGCAGAGGCUAUGUCCCCUCCAGGCCAGCCAGACACGAGUCGGAGGAAAUCCUCGUUGAACGUUGAGCAGGAUAAGUCGCGCAAUCGUCGCCUAUUUGGUGCCCUACUGGGCACCCUGUCGCAGUCGUCACGCCCUUCUAAAUCAGCCGCCGGCUCAAAUGCUGCGUUUGUACGCAAUUCGAGGAGGGAGGAGAUUGAGAACCGACAACGAGAACGAUUGAAAAGGGAAAAUGAAGAGUUGGUAGAUAACGCCCGAAGAAAGAAGGAGGAACUGGAUCGUGUCAGACAAGGUGAACAACGACGAUGGGAAGAGGAGGGUAUGAAAAUCAGGCACAGAAACAUGAGGGCAACUGCACGCUUUCUAAAGACCAAAGCGGAGCCACCGUUGUACUAUAAGCCUUGGGAAGUUCGAGAACAAGAGGAAGAGACCAUCAAGCGCCAAAUCGAUGAAGCAGAAGAGACGAUCCGUCGCGAGAUAGCCGAAUCCGAGGUGAAGCGCAGACCCGGCCUGAACUCUCCAGAAUGCAAGCACGACCGCGAUAUGGAUGCUGAAAAUGACCAAACGCGGCAAACAGACUAUGCCAAUGGAACAUCAAAUGAAGACAAGCCAUCGACUUCAACGGGCAAUGAGCCCAAAUCUUCCGAGCGAGAGGACGAGUCCACGACGGUGCAAACUGGUGUGAGCUCAGACGCGGAGAGAGUUCCUGAACGGAAAGCCAAAGAUGAGACGCAAAGGCCAGUCAGUAAGGAUGACGAUCACGGCGGUGAAGAGCUUGAACUUGGGCAAGAAGACGAUGUCAUCUACUAGUUGCACUCUCGGGCGGAACCUGUGAUAGAACAGUUUUUUCUGGGAUACAUCAUGUUAUGAAGGCUCAGCGCUCGGGCCAUCGUCUUCGGAGCAAGAGAAUGCAGCGACACGCCAACUCUGUCCUGUUUGGCAUUCAUUUACAGAUUGUGCUUGGUGCUCGUCAGUUGCGCUGUCAAGCCUGUAUGACGAAGACGAUACGCCUUAUCCCGGCUGCGGUACAGGGCUCUUUCUGAUGCCGGCGGCAAGUACAUUACUUGCGCCUUGUGCAGGAUCAUCCGCUUUGAGCGGGCGCUGGAGCUUUUGGAUAACGGUUUGCUGGAAUCAAGAACUAAUCGCUUCAGAGGACGUGAUCGUCAGCCCCGAAACGCGGAGAAAGAGUUUGGAUCAUGAUAAUACCACUCGCCCAUAUCAAGACAUUCAAGUCGUUAGUCAGAGCAUGAAGAGAACCCUAUCGGUUGACAUCUCCAGGCCUCUGGGCACAGGAGAAGGGCGUCUUCAUGGAAGGCUGGAUGGAAUGAGCGAUCGGAACCGUUAUCUCCGACUCUUUAUUUUGCAACCAGAUGUGGUGGCAUAACCAUUGAAUUUGCAUGCGUUGGCUAGACUGAGGCGGCCUAGCCUUCCUGAGACUUCUAGCAGGGCAUAUGCAAGCAACACGGAGAAAAUCCUUCGCUCGCAAACAAUCGAUUAAUUGAGGGGCGCAGCC